CCGGGGCGUGGCCGAGCAGCCAGAGGGCGGGGCCCGAGGAGGCCUCAGCUGUCCCCAGGCAGGCAGCGCCCGCGCCGCGCCGUGGCCGCUCAGCUCCCGCUAGCGUGGAGGGGAUCUGCGGGAGCCUCCCUUCACCCCACUUCUGGGGUCGCUGCCUGCCCAGACUGGGGCCUUGGUUGUGUCGAAUGAUGACUAUCAAUGCACAGCAGGUCUGGCCUAGGCCACCUGAGGCCUUUUUGGGUUCUGCCUCGCUUGAGAGCAUCAGCUAAAGGCCACUGCCUGCAUUUUCCAGGAGGACUUUUCUAACCUGUACCUACAGGAAGCAAAUGGAAAUACUAUGGAAUGAGAAAGCUCAGUUCCACCUCUCUCUUCCCCUUCUAGACUCAGGCAGGCCAGGUUCAGGUGGGCUUUGUCGGGUGGCCCCACUGCCCACGCCUUCCUUAACUGGGGGCUGAUGUCCCAGAAGCCUGACGAGAAGAGCCAGGCCUAUCCCCGCCGCCGCCCCGGGAGCCACACAGGCCGUAAAAGUCCCGAGGCCGUCGCUGCCGCAGCCAUGUACACCUUCGUGCCUGACAAUUUCUCGCCUUCCAAGCCCAAGCCGUCCAAAGAGCUGAAGCCGCUGCUGGGCUCCGCGGUGCUGGGGCUGCUGCUGGUGUUGGCCGCGGUGGUGGCCUGGUGCUACUACAGCGCUUCUCUACGCAAGGCGGAACGCCUGCGAACCGAGCUGCUGGACCUCAACCGCGGCGGCUUCUCCAUCCGCAACCAGAAGGGCGAACAGGUCUUCCGCCUGGCAUUCCGCUCGGGCGCGCUGGACCUCGACUCCUGCAGCCGCGACGGCGCCCUGCUCGGCUGCUCGCGCACGGCCGACGGGCGCCCUCUGCACUUCUUCAUCCAGACAGUGCGGCCCAAGGACACGGUCAUGUGCUACCGCGUGCGCUGGGAGGAGGCGGUGCCGGGGCGCGCUGUGGAGCACGCCAUGUUCCUGGGAGACGCGGCGGCACACUGGUACGGGGGCGCCGAGAUGAGGACGCAGCACUGGCCCAUCCGCCUGGACGGCCAGCAGGAGCCGCAGCCCUUCGUCACCAGUGACGUCUUUUCCUCCAAUGCCGCGUUCGGAGGCAUCCUCGAGCGCUAUUGGCUGUCGUCGCGUGCGGCUGCCAUCAAGGUCAACGACUCAGUGCCCUUCCAUUUGGGCUGGAACAGCACCGAGCGCUCGCUGCGGCUGCAGGCGCGCUACCACGACACGCCCUACAAGCCGCCCGCCGGCCGCGCCGCGGCGCCGGAGCUCAGCUACCGCGUGUGCGUCGGCUCAGACGUCACCUCCAUCCACAAGUACAUGGUGCGGCGCUAUUUCAACAAGCCGUCGAGGGUGCCGGCCCCCGAGGCCUUCCGGGACCCCAUCUGGUCCACGUGGGUGCUGUACGGGCGCGCCGUGAACCAGGACAAGGUGCUGCGUUUGGCCCAGCAGAUCCGCCAGCACCGCUUCAACAGCAGCCACCUGGCAAUCGACGACAUGUACACACCUGCCUACGGCGACUUCGACUUCGACGAGGCCAAGUUCCCCAACGCCAGCGACAUGUUCCGCCGCCUGCGCGACGCCGGCUUUCGCGUCACGCUCUGGGUGCACCCGUUCGUCAACUACAACUCGGCGUGCUUCGGCGAGGGCGUGGAGCGCGAGCUGUUCGUGCGCGAGCCCACCGGCCGGCUGCCCGCGCUCGUGCGCUGGUGGAAUGGCAUCGGCGCCGUGCUCGACUUCACUCGCCCCGAGGCCCGCGACUGGUUCCAGGGGCACCUGCGGCGGCUGCGCUCGCGCUAUGCCGUGGCCUCUUUCAAGUUCGACGCCGGCGAGGUCAGCUAUCUGCCGCGGGACUUCAGCACCUACAGGCCGCUGCCCGACCCCAGCGUCUGGAGCCGGCGCUACACCGAAAUGGCGCUGCCCUUCUUCUCGCUGGCCGAGGUGCGCGUGGGCUACCAGUCCCAGAACAUCUCGUGCUUCUUCCGCCUGGUGGACCGCGACUCGGUGUGGGGCUACGAUCUGGGACUGCGCUCGCUUAUCCCCGCCGUGCUCACCGUCAGCAUGCUGGGCUACCCGUUCAUCCUGCCGGAUAUGGUGGGUGGCAACGCGGUGCCUGAGCGCACAGCGGGUGGCGGCGGUGUGCCCGAGCGCGAGCUCUACGUGCGCUGGCUGGAGGUGGCCGCCUUCAUGCCCGCCAUGCAGUUCUCGGUCCCACCCUGGCAAUACGACGCCGAAGUGGUGGCCAUCGCGCACAAGUUCGCGGCGCUGAGGGCCUCGCUCGUGGCGCCGCUGUUGCUUGAGCUGGCGGGUGAGGUCACCGACACGGGCGACCCCAUCGUGCGCCCCCUCUGGUGGAUCGCGCCCGGCGACGAGACGGCGCACCGCAUCGACUCGCAGUUCCUUAUCGGGGACACGCUGCUGGUGGCGCCGGUGCUGGAGCCGGGCAAGCAAGAGCGGGAUGUCUACUUGCCGGCGGGCAAGUGGCGCAGCUAUAAAGGCGAGCUUUUUGACAAGACGCCCGUGCUGCUCACUGAUUACCCCGUCGACCUCGACGAGGUCGCCUACUUUAUCUGGACAUCCUGACCCAGCCCAGAACCCGGGAACCCCACGGCCCUAACCCCAGUCUUUAUGCGGGCCUUUAACCCUCCAUCACAUCCACACCGUGUAUCCCCAGGAAUCCCCACCUCUGUACCAUCCAGUAAGUGGGUGCUAAGGUAAAUGUGCCGGAGCCAGAUCCUAUACGGCCAGCGGAGGGGGCGCUGAAGCAACCGCCCACAACAAUGCACAAGCCUAACAGCCCCUUUCCCUCCACACUCACUCCAGUCUGGGAAAACUCUCCCCUGGGGUGGGGGUGAGAGCUCAAGGAAGGUCGGCUGUCUUCCUGCUACACACAGUUGGGUUUUAAAAGCAUGAAGAAAAAAUGCCCUCCAUGGCAACCUCCAUGGCCAUCUUUGUCCUUCUGAGGUGGGGACUUGAUCCUCCUUAAUGUCCUAAAAUAGCCCUCAUCCCACUUAGAAAGGGCACGUUCUUGGUGUUGGAAGCCAGGCCCGGAGCUGCCAGCACUGGCCUGGACUGUGGCUGACCUGGUCCUCCCCGAGCUGGGGAGAAGGGAGGGAGGUGCUUGGCCAACUGACAAGGAGGCAGGAGGUCCCCUGUGGGAGGACAGGAGGACUGGGCUCAGCAUGGAGCCAUCAUUGUUGUCCCUGGUGUGCGAAGAGACUCCUAACCCUGCACUAACCCACCUGUGUAGGCAGGGGCUCAGCCCUGGGCCAGGCCACGGCCUGAUGGGCAAGCACUUGCAAGGCCAUGCAGGCCAGACUUGGUGCCUUAACUCAAGAACCAGUGUGUGUGUGUCUGUGUAUGAGACAAAGAGAGAGAGACAUCGUGUGUGCCUGGAUCUCUGGAAUGAACACAGUAUCCCUGAGGCUGGGUAAGCCUGGAGGGAGGGGCCAGGGAAAAAAUUUGAGGUUUUGAUUGUUGAGUUGGCCCCCUCCCAGGUGAUGUCCCUGGGACUCUGGUAGGAAAUAAUCGGUCCUUUCAAGAUUCCUCAGCUGCCUACUCCCUGCACAUGUGGGCAGGGGUGUGGCCUAAAAGGGAGCGACGGUCUUAUUCCAAGAGUGACGUGCUUCAGCGCGCGAGCUACACACGCACAUCGACACCUGCAGAUACACAUACAGGGGAAGGGCAUUCAUUUCAGCCAUUUUCCCUUUCUAAGAACUGCAACCUCAGCCAGAGUGAGUUUUUCCUGACUUUGUAGCUGCGUCUGGGGAAGGCGUGGCUUGCCAGAGUGGGGAGUUAGGAGACAGGACGGGGCUCAGCUUCCCUGGACAGGUUGGACAGCAGAGCCAGUCCCUCACCCCUUAGAGAAUGCAUCCCUUUGCCCACUCCUCCACCCCCCGCUAUUUUCUCAGUGUGAAGAGGCCUAAUGAAGGUUUGGAGGCGCUCAGAGAUGCCCAUCUCGGGUGCUGAUUCUACCACUCAUCUACAAGCUGUGUGACCCUAACAAGCUGCUUAACCUCACAGAGCCUCAGUUUCCUGGUAUGUAAAAUGGUGAUAAUAAUGCUACCUCCCAGGUUGUUGUGGGAAUUAUAAGCACAGACAUAUGUAAAGUGCCUGGCACAAGUAGGUGCUCAAUAAAAGGUAGCUCUUAUAAUACUAGAUCUUAUUUUCUUGCUUAAAAAGGACAAGGGGGGCCGGCCCCAUGGCCUAGUGGUUAAGUUCAGCAUGCUGCACUUUGGCGGCCAGGGUUCAGUUCCCAGGCGUGGACCUAUACCAUUCGUCAGCGGCCGUGCGGUGGCCACGACCCACAUGCAAAAUAGAGGAAGAUUGGCACAGACGUUAGCUCAGGGCCAAUCUUCCUCAAGCAAAAAGAGGAAGAUUGGCAACAGAUGGUAGCUCAGGGUGAAACUUCCUCAGCAAAAAAAGAAAUAAAUAAAAAGACAAGGAUUUUUUCCGGCCCCAGCUCCCAGCUCAACUGGCUUCCUCUGGGCCUGCCUAUGACACCCUCUUCCCAAACCUCUGCACAUCAUAUCCAGUUGAAUUCUGAGUUUGUGACCCAAAGGAGACUGUGGCCAGGAGAAAGGCAAGAGAAAAAAUAUCUAAAGGUGGGCUAUCAAGAGCCAGGACUCCUGGGUCCCCAGGAGAUGGGGAGUAAAUGGAAGUAGCUUCCCUCUCCUUUUCGUCAAGAGCAUCUACCAGUCGUGAGGCUCGAUGAGGAGUCUCCCCCAGCUCUGGUGCCCAGUCAUGUGCUGUGGAGUGACUGUCCUGGCCCCUGGAAUGUUCCCUAAAUGGCUGGAGAGCACAACUCACACUUGAAUGGCCCUCCAGCUUUCUGUGCAAUCUGAAGCCAGUUUACCAAACCCCUUGAACCUUGGUUUCUUCAUCUUUAAAAUGGAAUAUCUAGGAUUAGUGAGAAGUGUCGG